UGUUGCACAGCAUGUACAUUAAAACAGCCCGUUUCCUAGCACCUGUGGCCGUCACAGUUUGUUUUUUAAGGAGAGAACAGGAUGCAGGCAGUUUUAUGCGUGCUCUUUGUGACUCUGUGUGUGAACGGAGUCUCCACAUCUCCGCUGAAGUCUGUCCAAGCAGGGAGAAAACCGGUCUCUGUGGAUGAAGUGAAUAUCCUGAUGUAUGGCGUGGUGCAGUUCAGCGAGUCCCUACACCACAUAUACCAGAGCACAGAGGCCAGGCUGGCCCGCGUCAUGAACGCCAUCAGCCGAACCGAGAGCGAGGUGAAGAGACUGGGGCACGACACAGAGGAGGCUGCACAAACCGAGCGACAGAUCAAAGAGAAACUUCAACUCAUUCAGGCUCAGAUGAAAGCACUGCAGAUUCAGGUCCAAGAGAACAGAGGAACAGUCACCAGGGUGGAGCUGGAGGAGGCAGAGCUAAAGAAGAAACUAACCAGCCUGGAGGAAAACCUAAAAAACUCCGUCCCAGACACGAUCAAGGGCACAACACUUAAAAGCACCUCUAUCUUGAAGGAUCUGAUGAAGUGGACACAAGAACAGAAACUGAAAUUGGAGAAUCAAAACCAGCAGCUGGCUGAUUUACAGAAACAAAAUAUGGUGUAACCACUAAUAUUACCUACGAGAAGGAACUGCAAUCCUCAUCAACACUCCAUUCAUGGCACGGCUAAUGGAUCUCACCUAUUACAUGUUCAUUAAUAUGACACCGAUGUCCACUUUGCCAAUCACUUUAUACGCACUUUGGGCCUCGUGAAACACGAGCAGAGCGAAUUUCUCUGUUAAAUAUUUGUAAAAACUGUGUGAAUGCAAUUCUUAACCACAGACACAAAUAUUUAGCUACUUUAUUUUUUAUUUUUUUGUAGUGGAUAAUAUGUUUAUAAUAGCACAAAACAUAAUUAUCAUAAUAUAUGUAUCUAUUUGUGGUUUCUAACUUAUAUAUUUCUUUC